UAUAAUACUGAUCUUAAUGCUAAGCAGUUAAAAGAAAUAGAAUCGCUAAAGUUUACGGUUAAAUCACUAGGAAGCAUAAUAUCUUCGAUGCAAAAAGCUUCAUCUUUGAAGUAUUUUGAUAUCAUCUCUCUUGGAACUAAAAUAAAUGAACUGAAGGCUGAGUUAAAACAAGCUACACAAAAAGUUUUAUUAAAAGAUUCUGAUACUAACCAGUUGUAG